AUGUAUACCCAAGAGCCAGAGUAUAACAAAGAAACGAUUACCUCAGAUGAGUUAUUCAAAUUAGCUAGGCGAUCGAAAAAGCCAAAAAUCUAUAACCCCAAAACGAACCGUAUGAUUGUAAUCGAUGGACCAGCAUAUAAUGUCUUGAUACGCAAUGGUUAUAUGCAUUGGAAAGAGGAAAAAGUUUUAGUCCCUCCAAUUCAUGAAAAAUUAGUAUUGGGAAACUGGUUCGCGUUCAUAUCUAAUCGUAUUUGGGAUAUUGCAUACAAUCCAGAAAAAAGUUUACUUUCGUUAAUUGAUAGAAAAACAAGUUUAUUACAGGUAUUGCUCGAAGUAUAUAAUGAUUAUACUAUACGUAGUUGCAGAAUAGCCAUAGCUUCACCCCCAAAAAGCUUGGAAGAAGAAAUUAUCAGAGAGAUAGCAAAACGAAUCUUGCAAAAUAGAUAUGGGUUUAGUGAGGAUCGAGUGGAAGCCUUAUUUGAUUUGCAAAGCGACUUACGUCACCUCUCUGUCCAGGAAAACGAAAAUAAGACCAAGGAGAACGUGUCCUCUUCUACAGUAAACAUUGUUAUUUCUAAGAGACAAAGUCUCCAUUCUUCGAAAGAUCAGUUUCGAUUAGGGAUUUUGAGACAAGAGGAGAGUUCGAUAAUGGAAUAUUACACAAAAGUAAAAAAAUGUGGUAAAUUAGCUGGAUAUAAUGAAGUUCAGCUUAAAUAUCACUUCCUCCGUGGAUUGUCUCAGAAAGAUAGUAAAUUCGUCAGAGAAGAAACCACAGCUCCACUUGGAUUGGCCGUAAUCCCACUUACCUUUACUUCUAAUGUAAUAAAAAAUCAUCGCCUUAGUAAUUAUGAAUCCAUCACAAUCCCGACUGAAGUACUUGUAGAAAAAUAUGGCCCCCAAAUGCCUAAUUUUAUCCUGCUCGGUAAUAAUUGGUUCUAUGGACGCAAUAACGAUGGGUUUCAGACGUAUCUACCGGAAAUAGUAACAGAUGCAGAAAAUGCUUUGGUAAGAACCACCUUACGCAUUAAGGACCUUGGCUGGAAAGUUGGCACAGCCAAAGCUAAAAGGAAGCCAAGGGUUAAUGUAUAUGUUAAUAAAAGAUUAAAUACUUCUAAUUCGGAUACUUCUUCCAACUCAGAUGUUUCGGAUAGCGAUUCAAGCGAUUCAAGUAAUUCUUCCUCAUCAUGUUCGGGAUCAGAAGAUAAGCACAUAUAUAAGACUGUGGCUGUUAUACACCCGAAGCGAUGUCGCAAA